AUGGCAUUUGAUGCUAACGGUUUAUACGCUUCUGCAAUGUCAGAUUUAGACAGUGAUUAUCCAAAAGCAGAAAGUGCUCGACCGUUUCUACCAGAAGAAGAAAAAGAAUUUGUAAAACUCUUCAAUAAACAAAAAAUUAGACCUAGAACAGCUAUUUUAUCAGUGUGGUUUAAAUAUCCUUAUAACAUGUUCUUCCAACCAAUACCAGUAAAUCUAUUCAGAAGGAUAGAAACACGAGAAAUCAUUUGUGGAAUGAAUAAAAAAAUAAUGAAUAAUUUCAUUCAUGUAAUAAAUGGAUUUUAUAAACCUGAAAUAUACUAUACCGAUACUGAUAGUUUAUACAUUUCAUCUAGAAAUUGGGAUAAAUUAAAUCGAGCUGGGUUGGUAUCUGAAAAUGAAUAUUGUAAAGGCAAGAAUGAUUACGGUGAUGGUGGAAUCAUAUUUGGUUUAUAUUUAGCGCCAAAAGUCAAAUAUAAUAUCAUUCUAACUUCUGAUGGUGUUUUAAAAGAAAAGAAAACGUUUAAGGGUUAUUCUAAUGAUAAGACAAGUGUAGAGAUUAUAUUCGGUUGGCUAGUGGACAUGAUGUGUCGAAUGAAUUUAACAAAAGAUGGGAAAGGAGUUUCACGAAUGGUAUAG